AUGGCCGUGCCAUGGAGCAACACAGGGCAUCCUGAAGGUUUUCCUGACAGCCUGUCGAUCCUCCUGGCGAGGGAGCAGGAGGCUAUCGACAUUGACCCAUACUCCAGCUGGAUUGACCGGGGCAAGGGGCAAGCACCCGACUUGUUCCAGGCGCUCGGGUGUCCCGUCCAGGGCACCAUCGCGCAGAUCAAGCCAAACGAUACGACUCCCGAGUGUCCGAUCAUGCUUAAGAAUGAGGACGCGAGCUUCACCGGCCACCCAUGCGCCGUGAACGUGACCGAGGCCGCAGCGAGCAGCAUGUCGAGCAGCGUUGCUAGUUUGGCUACGCCGUCUCCCACGACGACGGGCAGCGCCGGGUCGACUGCGACCCCGAGCAGUGCGGCUGUCCCCUCGGACCCUAACACUUGGAGUUUUGUACUGGCUGCUUGCAUCUUUGGCGGUAUGGCAUGGGCAUGA